AUGACCAUUUCAUCAUUAAUCGAAGAAAACAAUUCCUUCUCAAAUAUCACCUCUUAUAGCAACCAAACCAAACAAUUAUGCAUUUUCCCAGAGUGUGAUCAUCAACUCAACCAAGCAGAGCGAAUAAUCUGCGUAACUGCGAUAAGUUAUGCGACGGUGAUUAUGUGCACGUCGUUAGUGUUUCUCUAUUAUCGAACCUUUGUGAAAGAUCAGUCAUGGUAUUUUCCAUUGACAUGGGGAAAAAGGAUCAUUCGAUUGAGACCACAAGAAGCUUUUCAUAUUUUUGCUAGUUCUUUUGGACUAAUGAUAAUAUUGAAUUCUACUCUGCUGCUAACUGAAUCUUAUUCUGACAUUAAGUGGGCAUUAGUUGGAUCACAUUUACCUCACGUCGUCGGCUAUUCAGCAUUGACACUUUAUCCCAUAGGUCUUGUAUACUCUUUAUCGAGUAUCGAUCAUAACUUUAAUCACAAAAACACACUUCUUCUCAAUCGUCACAUCAUCGACUCGGUCGGGUUCUUUCUCCUUCUUGGCCCGGCUCUCACAAUAUUUCCAUCAUCAUGGUUUCAAGGAGGUUAUAUAAUAGAUGGAAAUUACAAUGCCAUAUAUUCGGUGUUGAAAAAGUAUGUCACCAUUUUGAAGCAUCGAGCGGAUCCAGGUCAUGAUUGGAAGUUACAUCGCGUUAGAUUUCUUUCAAGACAUUUGACAAUGGUUGUCGCGAGUAUCACGAUUCUUUAUAUCUCGAAAAUCAUAUUGAAUUUGACUGUCACGUUUCUCGAAGGAACUAAAAGAUUCUAUAUCUUGCUAAACGCAUUUGCGAUCUUCCAAGGAUUGGUUUUUGCACAAUUCGGCCAACUAAUCAUAUUAUACAAUUUCUUCGAAAUCCAAUUUCCACCAGGAAGCAAUCGUAGUAUUUUCACGCAACUAUUUCUAAUGAAAAACACUCAAACCACCGUAAUUUCUUCUUCACGAUCAAAUUUGAUUUUACAUCAAAAUCACAAUCAUUCUUACACUUUUUACUCGAACAAUCAUGAUCAUCGUCAUCACAAAGAAUCACGUCGAAACUCACUUUACGGGUUCGCUUCUCUUUGCCAUUCAACCAACCCUGUGAAUCCGUCUCAGAUUGAUAACAUCAACAACGCGAGAAAUAAUUUGGAAAAUGGUGGAUCCGAGAGCAGUCUUCCAAAUUCUUUUCCUCUUGUCCGUGUUGCUCCAUCUCAAAUUUCUGAGAUUGAUUUGAACGAAAUUUUUGUGCGAGAGCAACAAAGAUAA